AUGUUACUAAUAGAAUUGAGGCCACAUUUUAGUCUUGCAUCUGAAAGUGAUACAGCAGAUCAGGACGAUAUAGAAGCUGAAGAAGAUCAAGAUGAACAUCCUCAGAAUCAAACUAUCCAACAGCCGUGCAUUGUCAUGGAAGAUGCAGUAGCUACCUCAGGUGUAAGCACACUCAGCUCUACGGUAUCCCACGACUCCCAGGCUGCUCACAGAUCACUGAGUGUCCAGUUGGGCAGGCUAAAAUUAGAGACAAACAGGUUGUUGGAGGAGUUGGUUCAAAAGGAGAGAGAAUUUCAAGUCCUCUUACAUCAAGCUAUAGAAGAAAAAGAUCAAGAGAUCAGAAACCUGCGGCUUAGGUCACAGCCAAUAGAUAUUCCUGGACUGUCUGUCUGUCAUCGUCAUUCCACUGGCACAGGGACUGAAGACCCUGAUCUCAUAAACUGGCUGAGUGUUCAAGGAGCUGAUGAGGCCACAAUAAACAAGUUCUUGGCUGAAGACUAUACAUUAAUGGAUGUUCUCUGCUAUGUUACACGAGAUGAUCUGAAAUGUUUGAGACUGAGAGGAGGAAUGCUAUGCACACUCUGGAAGGCCAUCACUGACUUUCGGGAGAAACACGCCUGACACUGAAAUUUUUCUUCACUUCUCUGCAGAGAGGAAAAGAUUUCCUUUCAGCACAGAGCAGGUGUGCUGUCAGAAGGACUGUUGCACUUUAAUCCAGUAUUUGUUUACCAAUGUUAAAAACACUGCAGCUUCCUGACUGCUUUUAAUCCUAUAAUCCAUAAGGAAUCUGUAAACAACCUGCAACAUUAUUUUACUUUAAAUGUUUUUUAAUGGAAGUUUUUCAGAAAUGUAAAAAACCCACCAAAACCCAUUAUAAACUCAUCAGAUAUUGUAGUUAAAGUAACUAGAUGUUAAUUUCAUGAAAAACUGAUGUAAGAUUUCAUGUGACUGUACAUCACUGGAACAAAACCAAAAUGUGACAACAACUUCAAGUUUCUUUUCCUUUGUAAUAUAUCUCAAUAAUCUGUAGUAGAACAUUAUAAUUUUGAUCAUAAUUAGAUAUUUUUCUUUUAGUGUGUGAGACCUAAAGGUAACUGUUUUUACCUACUGCCAUACAUAGUUUAAUAUGUUUAUUUUUGGUAAUUUAAGUUCUACAGUGCAUUUGUUUUAGAGUUGUUUAUGUACUACUGAACUGUACCAGUUGCAUACACCUGAACCACAGUAAUGUUAGCUUGUUCUAAAGCUAUCUCUGACAUACACAGUUGAAAAUAAAAAGAACCUAAG